CACCUAAUCAAUAGAUAGCACUGUUACGAAUGAGCUCCAGCGAGCUCCUGUAUUAUAUGUUAUUAAUUGCAAUUUUUAACAUGUGAGAUUUAUGUAUAAAAUUGAUUAAUGCACAACACAUUAUGCUGAAUACGCUAAUUCGACAAACAACAAAUUUCCUUCGUUACAAAGUUAUUGCUAAAGGAAGAUAUAAAGCAACAAAACCUGCGUAUGAAGUUUGGAAAAAGAUUAGAAUGGCUAAUGCAACAUUACCACUGUCAAGAGUUGAUCCUGUCAUCAUGAAACUCGACAGUCCAGAAUUUCAUUCCAUUUUUACACCAGAGUUACAGACUCUUGAAAACUUAUUCAAGAAGUAUGACUAUAAGUUGAGGAUUGCUGGUGGUGCUGUUCGUGACAUUCUCAUGGGUAUACAACCCAAGGAUCUUGAUUUUGCUACAGAUGCCACACCAGAUCAGAUGAAAGACAUGUUUACACAAGAGGAGAUUAGAAUGAUAAAUGAAAAGGGUGAAAAACAUGGUACGAUAACAGCAAGAAUAAACGAUAAAGAAAACUUUGAAAUUACUACUCUGAGAAUCGAUGUUGUCACUGAUGGACGACAUGCAGAAGUGGAAUUUACAAAGGAUUGGAAGCUAGAUGCAAAUAGGAGAGAUUUGACUAUUAAUUCUAUGUUCCUUGACCUUGAUGGCAAAGUACAUGAUUAUUUCUUUGGUUAUGACGAUUUACAAAAAAGAAGAGUAGUUUUUGUUGGCGAUGCUGGUGUUAGAAUACAAGAAGAUUACCUUCGUAUUUUUAGGUACUUCCGUUUCUACGGAAGAAUCAUGGAAAAUUCUGAUCAGCACGAUAAAGCUACAAUAAAAGCGAUAAAAGAAAACAUUAAUGGUUUAUCACGGAUAUCCGGCGAAAGAAUUUGGAGUGAGUGGAAUAAGAUCCUGUCAGGCAAUUUUGCCCUAGAAAUGACUUUGAAAUUACUCGAAUGUGGUUGUGGGAUACACAUUGGUCUACCCGAGAAGCUCGACGUGGAAAACUUUCGUAUCGUUUACAAGCGUGCAUUGUCGAACAACAUUAGUUUGAAGCCUAUAUCUUUGAUCGUGUCGAUGCUAAAAAAUGAACACGAAGUAAUGGAAUUGCAUGCAAGAUUGAAGCUAUCUAAUUAUGAUAGAGAUCUGGCACUCUUCCUGAUUCAGCACAGGGAAUACAAACCCAGCGAGAAACCGUUGAAGCCUUAUCAGCAGCUGGUCUUUAUUCAGAAUACAAGCAAGUACAACGUCUAUCGAGAGUAUGUGAAAGAAAUAUUGAAAUAUCGUGGUGCUGUGGAGCUUCUGGACGAAUUUGAACAAUGGGUAAUUCCAAAAUUUCCUAUCAACGGCCACACAUUGAAGGAGCAUGUGUCACAGCAACGGAUAAUCGGCGAUGUUAUGAACAAAUUGAAAAGAAUAUGGGUUGAUGAAGACUUUAAACUCACCGACGUGCAACUUAUAAGCCACAUACCGGAUAUCCUCAGUGAAAUAAAAAACAAACAAUAUUAUCAGAAAAAGCGAAAUAAACCUUUUUAAAAAAAACUGAAA